AUGGGUGGUUAUAUUUCGUCAAAUCCAAUUCUUUAUCGAAAAACAAUUGGCCGUUAUCAAGUUGGCUGCCAAGAUUUAAUGGUUGACGGGUCAAUUCUUGGCGAUCGCGGACUUUUUAUGCGAAUAUACUACCCAACUGAAGAUCAGAUUGAUGAUUUCAAAAGUUGUCCGUUGUGGCUUCCAAAACCGCAAUAUGCUCACGGGUUGGGAGAAUAUCUCGGACAAUCACAACACAAAAUGAACAUAAUUACUGGGCUAAUUGUUGGAGAAAAGAGAGAAGAUUGCCUUGAGGGCGCGAGUCUUGCGACAGCUGAGGAUAAAUAUCCCGUAAUUGUAUUUUCUCACGGACUUGGUGGCUCCCGUAACUUCUAUUCCACAUAUUGUACUUCAAUGGCUUCGCACGGUUAUGUUGUUGCCGCUGUUGAACACAGGGACCAAUCUGCUUGUUGGACGUGUCAAUUAGUUGAAAAAAAUGGCGAAUUGAUUGAGCAGCCAAUCAAGAUUAAGAUUAUGGAGAAAAAUGAGAAGAAUGAAUUUAAGAUUCGAAACCAGCAGGUCAAUAAGAGGGUUAGUGAGUGCGUCAAAGCUCUCAACGUACUUGAACAACUCAAUCUCGGCAAAAUUCCUGAAAAAAUUUUGAUUGGCACUGAAUAUAAGUGGAGCAGUUUCAAAGGUCGAUUAAACAUUUCAAAUGCAGCAGUGAUUGGUCACUCGUUUGGCGGUGCGACGGCUCUCGCUUCAUCGGCCUACACCACCGAUUUUCAGAAAGCCAUUGUUCUUGAUGGAUGGACAUUUCCAUUGGAUGCAACGCAACAGGAGCAAUCGAAUCAACCAACCAUGUUUCUCAAUGUUGGCGAUUGGCAGUGGAACGAGAAUUUGGAAGUGAUGCGAAAGAUUCUGCCGCAUAAUGAUAGAAACGCGUUGUUCACAUUGAGCGGCGCUGUUCACCAAUGCUUUUCCGAUUUCCCAUUUAUUUUCCCUCAUUGGCUCGCGAAAAAAUUUGGCGUUCACGGUUCAACCAAUCCUACAAUAUGCAUGGAAAUUGCAAUAAAUUUAUCGAUUCAGUUUUUGGAAAAUGGAAAAGACGGCGCCGAAAAGCUGGCCGCCGAGAAAUACUCGAAAUUAAUUAGUCAGAAAAUAUACGGACGUGAGCAUCUCAAAUGUUAA